AUGAGUGUAUUUUCAGAUUCUUUCAUCAACCCAUUGUUUGAAUUUGAUGAUCAGCUCUUUUACUCUGAUAGCUACACCAAUCUCCUUCCAUAUUUCUCUUCUUCUCCUUCGGAUAAUAUCAUGUCUUUGUCACCUGAUAUCUUUCCUCUCCAAGACUUCGACUCCUACCAGUACCCGAAACGACAGAAGAGCUAUGCAGAUAUCAGCCGCUCAAGUUCUGCUCCGAGUUUCUUUGAUGGGUUUGUUGCGAACUCUGAUCUGUUACUCCCAGAAUUCCCAGCUCCAGCACUGCCUAAGUUUCAGGUUCCAGAAGCCGCUUUUAAUGAAGGGAGAAGCGACUGCAGUGCUGUUGCGAAGAAACCAAACGGAGAGAGCUUGUCUGCGCAGAGCAUUGCGGCGAGAGAGAGGAGAAGGAAGAUAACUGAGAAGACUCAAGAGCUUGGAAAGCUGAUACCUGGUGGGAGUAAGAUGAACACAGCUGAAAUGCUCCAAGCUGCUUCCCAGUACGUCAAGUUCUUACAGGCUCAAGUUAAGCUUCUUCAGCUUAUGGAGUCAAGGCGUCAGGAAAACGAGGAAUCGCAUUUGCAGACAAGUGAACUUCAGAUUCUUCUUGCAUCUCCAACGAUUCAAGAGAAGUUAUACUCACAGGAGAAGUGCUUGGUUCCAAGAGAGUUUCUUCAAACCAUAGCAAAUGAUGAAUAGAUUCAAUCAAAUCUUUUCAUCAUUGACAUGAUUAGCCUUGUUGUCUGUUUUG